AUGAUUAAUUAAAGAGUACUUGUUCAAAACAAAGAAAUCUAUCAACCUGGCAUAUUAAUUGAUAAAGAUAAGGUUUAGUUACAUGAUACAUCAAUCAUUUCCAUCAAUACAAUCAUUGACAAUACCAUACCAAAUACAAACAUACAUUAAAUUAUUUACUAAUUACUCAACAAUCAAUCAAUUAAUAUUAACAAUCACAUAUUACUCACUGUUAAUAAUUCAAACUUUUUAUUUUAAUUUCAUUCCAAUCUAAAUUACUGCUUUUCCAUUUCAAAUUCAAAUCUUAAUACUUUUUAUCAUCUAAUAGAAUAAAUCCAACAUAAAUAAUCUAAAUUAUUAUCCACUUUAAUUAUUUUCAAUCAACUUUUCAAAUUCAAUACAAAUGAUAACAAUUUUAUUACCAUUUUUAAUAAUAACUGUUUUAAAUGUAAAUAUUUUAAUAUUUCUAAUCGAAUUUUUACCAAAAAUUUUAAAUUUCCUAUUCUGAAUUUAUUUUAUAAUUAACUCACAAAUGAAAAUAAUUCCUACUUAAUUGAUUCAAAUACUCAAACAUUAUAUUAAUAUCCUUUUCAGAUAAUUGAAGAGUAUAAUAAUUAUAAUUUGUAACAAUUACUUAUAUAAGUUAAUCAACUUUAAGUUUUUUAAGUUUUAUCUAAAUUGUUUUCUUCUAUUAUAUUAUUUCAAAUGAUUAAAGUGGAACAGUUAUAACAACAAAAAGAAUUAAUCAAUUAAAUAGAAUCCAAUCUUUAAUUAGAAUCUUAAUCAUUACUUACAGAAUUGACAGUUAAAAAGAGGAAAAUGGGAAAUAAAUUUAUUGAAUAAUAAAUGACUCAAUAAGAAAUGGAAAUAAUUAAAGAUCAAAUAUCUACUUGUUUAUAUUAUCUUGCCAGAUCAAUUGUCUUUAAUACAAAUUAAUCUAAUAAUAAUUAGACUGAAACCUUUAUAAGUAUACUUACUUAUUCUUAAUUUAAUACAGUUUAGACUAAUUUAGAAGCAUUAAUUGAAAAUUAUGCAUUUGAAAAAAUCCAUUAUUAAUUUUACAAUAGGAUUAAAGCAGAUAGAGAAAGAGAUUUGAAAUUAUGUUAAAUUGGAUAUUCUCAAAUUACCUUAUUAAAUUCUUCUUAACUUAUUGAGUUAUUUGAUAAAAAAGGUGUUGGGUUGAUUGGAUUAAUUGAAGAGCAUACUAUUAACAAUACAGAUGAUACAAAAAUUAUUGAGAAGAUUAAAUCUCUUUAAAGAACAUAUGUAAAGCUAAUGAAAAUCUAAGCUUAAAAUCCACAAUUAUUUACAAUUAAUCACACUUAUGGUUAAGUCAAUUAUAAUGUUUCUGAAUUUAAAUCUUAAAAUAAAUUUGAAACUCUCUUCAAAGUUUCUGAAUUUAUUUAAAGUUCAAAAGAUUAAAUAAUAUCAACGCAUGCUAAAACAUUUUAAAUUCAAUUUAAAACCAAUUUAGAAUAAUAUUAGGAUCAUUAUAAUAAAAUUAAUGAUGAAUUAGAAAAAUGUAAUUAAAUUAUGGUCUAUUAAAUCAACAAUACAAGUUAUUAAGAUGUCGUUAAAUAAUUAGAAUAACUUAAUAUACCUAAUUAUAUUAACUAUUACUAUUCCACCUACCCUUAUAGAUAUGAGUUAUAAGAUUUUGUAGAUACAAUCAAAUAACUCUUUUUUUUACCUCCAAAAUAUACUUUAUAAGAAUAGCUAGCUUAUUGCUAAAAUAAAAUAUAUUAAAUUAAUAAUAUUGUUUAUGCGAAUAAUUAACUCUUUCUUACUCUGGAGUAAUAAAUAAAAAUUGAAAUUAUUAAUGAUAAUUCCAUUAUUCAAUUUAUUAAAUUCAACAAUUUACUAAUAAAAAAUUUUAGGUCUUUUAUUUUAAGAAAAAGAAUAAAAAGUAAGAUACGAAAAAUAAAAAUUUUUAAUUCUAUCACUUAAUUAUCAAAUACCAUUAUAAAAUCUGCUGCUGUUUUAAAAUGGAAUCAUAUAGUUUAAAAAAUAAAGUUUAUAUAAAAUAAAAUUAGAUAAUAUUUAUAAAGGUAGAGAUUUUAAAAAUAAAUGUUUGCUAGAACAAUUUUAAGAUCUGUGAUUGAUUUAAUGUGGGUUAAAGUUGAAAAUUUAAUGGCUAUUAAAUUACAAAAGAUUUUUAGAGGCAAUAAGAUCAGAUUACAAAAUAAUGAAAUAAUAAAUAAAGUUAAAUCGAAAAUGGUCGAAUUCAUGAAGUUAAAAAAAAUAAUAAUAAUUUAGAAACAUAUUAGAAGAUAUAUUUGUUAAUAAUACUUUAUUAGUUAAUUAAAAAAAAUCAUAAUUAUUUAAAAUUUAUGGAGAAUGCACAUUACUAGAAAGAAUUAUAAGUAGGUCAGGAAUUCUAUAAUUUUUAUUUAAAGGAUUUUUAAACCGAUUAUCAUUAAAUCCUUAGUUAAAUACAAAGAAUUUGAACAGUAUGAAAAGAAUUAGAGUAUCUAAUAUACUAAAUUUAAAGAAAAUAACAAUAAAAAUUUAUUAGAUUAUGAAAAAUUGUUAAGUUUAUAAUUUGAUGAUCAAAAAAUAAAGAUAUUUUAAAUAAUCUUAAAUCUUGAAUUUUUAGUUGAACUUACUGAUAUUUGUCCUUGUUGGUUAUAAAAUUAUAGUCUAUAUUGGUCAAAAUGCUUUCAUAAAAAUAAACCAAUAUAAUUUUUAGAAGUUUCUGAAACCUAAACUUUUUUAGUGGAUGCAGUUGGUAAAGUUUAUUAAUGGGGUUUAUUAGAUGAUUUUGUUGUAAAGAGUAAUGUGAAUUAUUUUUAAGCUGGUGAGAAUUUGGUAAUUUAUUAAGAUGAUAAAUGGAAUUUUUUAAAUAUUGAUGAGAGAUCUACUAAAUAAAACUUAAUUUAUAACUAUUAAUAAAUGUAUGUAAAAUCAAACAAAGCUUUUGGUUAUAAUGAUCACUAUGUUGAUAGUUUUGUUUUUUAAGGAAAUUAAAUUAUAAAAAAUUAAACAAUAGAAUUUAAAAAGUAAAUUGAUUAAAUAUCAUGUGGACAUAAUUUUAUUUUUUAUUUAAUAAGAGGCUAAUUAUGGUCAGUUGGUUAAAAUAAAUAUGGUUAAUUAGGUUUGGGAGAUUAUAAUGUAAAAAUAAAAAUUAAUUCAGGAUAGGAAUACUCCGUGCUAAACAUAAAUUGAAAAUGUAAAUUGGAUAGAAUGUGGAUAGACACAUGCUGUUUAUAGAACAUUUAAGAAAUUCUUUGGAGUUGGAAACAAUAAGUAUGGAUAAUUAGGAUUAUCUAAAAAGAGUUACAAUUCACCUUAAUGCUUAAUGAUUCCAAUAAAUGAAAAUAUAUUAUCAAUAUCUGCUUCUUAUAAAGGAACAUUACUUAUAUGUGAAUCUAACAAAAUUUAUAUGACAGGAUCAUGUAAUAAGUUUAAAUCUAAUAAAUUUAUUUAAUACAUAGAUGUAAAAAUAUAAAUAAUCUAGUAUCAUUUUUUAAAUAAAUAACAUUAUAUUCCUAUAAAAAUAUAAUGUAGUUGGAGUAAAACAGUAUCAGUAAUAAAUUGUAGAUUCAUUUUUGAAAAUUUGUAAAAUCUAAUAAUAUAAAUUAGAUAUAAUGUCAAUAAUGUAAAAAAAUAGAAGAGUAUACAUUAAUUUAUCUAACUAUAUUAAAAUCAUUCACCAAAUUGGAUAGAUCCUCCAAAGUGCGAAUUUGUCUAAUAAUAUUGUUUAUAGAUAUAUAAUAAAUUAUCAUAAAAACAAAAUUUAGAUCAAAAAUAAUUUGGAAAUAAAUUUUAAGAGUAGAAAUCUGUAAGAUUUGAACAAAAGAAUUUACAUUAGAUUAAAUAAUAAAUUAUAGCUUUGCAAAAUAAACCAAAGAAUAAAUGGACUAAAGAAGAUCAUAGAUUUUUAGAAACCGUUAAUCAAUUGAACAUACUCAAUUAAAUAAUUUGA